GGUGACGGACCCGCGGGACGGACGGAGAGUCGCGCUCAAAAAGAUGCCCAACGUGUUCCAAACUCUCGUCUCCAGUAAGCGAGUCUUUCGCGAGCUGCGGAUGCUCUGUUUCUUCAAGCACGAGAAUGUGCUGUCAGCCCUCGACAUUCUCCAGCCUCCACACCUCGACUUCUUCCAGGAGAUAUACGUGAUCACAGAGUUGAUGCAGAGCGACCUUCACAAGAUCAUCGUCUCCCCUCAACACCUCUCAGCCGACCACGUCAAGGUCUUCCUCUACCAGAUACUCAGAGGUGAGUCUCUUCCCCCUCCCUCUUCCUCUACCAGAUACUCAGAG